AAUUUUCGCGGAGGCAUCAAUACGACAGUCAUCGUCUCAUCGAUCGCUGUUCAGAAAGAAGUCAGGAGACAACCAUCAGAAACCUUAGUUCAAUAUUAUUUUUAUAUGUUGGUGUAACAAUAAAGAAUUCCCAAGCGGCCAAUCGGUGUUUUGGUUUUUGCGUCCGUUAUUACUAAGCGUUUCUGAAAAACUUCAAGGAACAGCGUGAGCCCGAGCGUAGCAAGAGCUGGGCAUUAACGGUUUACGUGACGUGACUGACAGUUUCUGAUGGUGAAGUCAGUUGUUGACGGUUUUGGACCGCUGGUGACAGUUUGGAUAGUCGCCGUUCAUCUUUCCUGGUGCCGGUCAAGUCCUCUUUGAACAAGCAAUAUCUGGAACGUUUUUGGAAUUGGGUCAAGUUCAACAAUGCCUGGGUCAAAGAAGGGACAGAGUGUCUUGGAUGCAAACAGGAAAGUAAGUCAUGGUGACUUGUCUGUUAAUUGUAACGAUGUGUCUGAUGUUAAGCAUGACAUGGUUGAUGUUACUGUUUCGCCGUUCAGGGAUAAUAGGAACAUCAAACUCCCUAAAUUUGAACCACGGUGUUUUGAUGGAAACCCAGCUGAUUAUUUACAAUUUGUAAAGGAGUUUGAGAUCAUGUUGAGUAGUUUUCUAUUAAGUGAUGAAUUGAAGUUAAUGUAUUUGAUGAGAUAUUGCACUGGAGAUGCUGCAAGAGCUAUACAGUGUUGUAAGUUUAUGAAGCCGAAAGAGGGCUACGAUGAGGCUAUGAGCAUAUUACGUCAAAGGUUUGGAAGACCUUCAUUGAUUGUAAGGAACGUAUACGAAGCUGUCAAAGGUAACGGCAGUCAACUUCAAGAUGACUCCAAGGCACUUACUGAGUUUUUAGAUAAUCUUAUGACUUAUAAGAAUACCUUGAUUUCUAUGAAUUGCAUGAAUGACCUCAACUCGAGUUUUAUACUAGAAGUAAUAGCGAGACGCCUACCUACUCGACUGCAAAGGAAGUGGGUGAAGAUAAGCUCCCGUAUGGAGGAUGAGGGUAUCGAGCCAAAAUUUGAUGAUAUCCUGAAACUAGUAAAAGAUAGUGUCAAUCAAUCGAUGAGCAAGUUUGCCAGUAUAUUGAAUCUCACCCCUAGAAUAGAGCAGUCUGAGGGUAAAACGCAAUCAUUGAUGACGAAAGGGCCUCAGAGAGGUGGAUAUCGAGAAGGCUCCAUGAUGUCUAGUAAUGCAUAUAGAUCUAGUGAGUGUAACAGGUUUCGUAGUACAUCGUCAACAGAUAAGUUGCAAGAUGCAAGACAAACACGGUUGUGUUGUACACGUUUGCAAGAGGUGCAUACAAAGGUGAACUGUGAACCAGUGAGCAAGUUCAGUGAUAAGCUAAAUGUAAACUCCAGGCCUGACUCCGAAUUGUGUGACGAUAACGGUGCGGUGAAGAAGUCUGUAGUUGCAACUGGUAAGCCAUUGUUGAAUAGAGUGUCACAGAAUAGAGUUACUGCUUCAGAGUGCAGUUCUGACUCCACAAGUUUACAAGGUAUUACUAGUCAGAGUGAAGUUAUAAAACCUUUUAGGAUUUGCGAGGAGGAACCAAAAUUGUCUACUUCUGUUAUUAAAGAGUUUGAAAAUGAUGAAGUUGACGGUAAAGUGAAUAUUCGUGAUAAUGAUCAUGAUACUUCACAGUUGUCUUUGGUUGAUCAUGAUGAAAUGAGGGAUAUGCCUACUACUGCUAAGUUGAACAAAGGUUCUGUACAACUUGAACGUGAAGUAGAAAUAAAUGCAGAUUCAGUUGCAGAAGGCACGCAUACUUGUGAGACCGUCAGUGUGAUCGAUCAGCAUGUAGCCCACCUAUCAUCAGAUGCCAGUGCUAAACCUGAGCUGAUAGUAAAAGACGGCAGUGGUGGUGGUCUUGCAUGUAGACAAAUUUCUGAAAGCCGAGCAACAACAGCUUUUGAUCCACCGCUAACUUCAUCAACUGGUAUCAAUCAGUCGUCGUUGGUGCUGUCAUCCACAAUGAAACAGACGCCCAUCAACUCAAGUAUCUUCUGUAAUGACUAUGCUAGUAUCAGUCCGUUUGAAGAGACGAAAGAUAUUGGUCAGUUUAGUGAGAAUAAGCCAAGUGUAAACGAGAGAGUAAUUGUUAAAUUGACUUGCACGAAUAAAGGCAUUUCUAGUUUCAAGUUACUAAUUGAAUGUUAUUAUCUUUGGUGUAAAUUACUCUGUUUCUACACUUGGUUGAUGAGAUAUGUCGUGUGUUUGUUGGUCAUCUAUAUUCUACGAUACAAUGACAUGGGCGUGUUGCCGUUCAGAUUUGAGGAUAUAGAUGAUUGAAGGAAGUCAGCAAAUGAACUCUGCGACGAUUUUCCAACCUAGGGCGUCAACCUGAGAAGGGUUGUAGGCGUACUGCUGUAAGUCCUACAAUUCUUCAAAGGGUAGCGCAUCAAUGAGCAGUCCAAUGUGCUUGGUGUGUGAUUUUGUACAUAUGUUCAUGUUGUAUAUACUGAAUUGAUAUCAUCUGUCAUCUAGCUGUUAGUAAUUCUGUUUGUGUCCGGACGACUUCCACUUGGAUCAUCAACCUGUGAAGGAAUGUAGGCGUACUGCUGUAAGUCCUACAGUUCUUCAAAUGUAGUUUGUCGUGUCAGAAUCCACAACAUUUGAUGUGUUGAUUGUACAUAUGUUUGUGUUAAAUAGUUGUGUGAGUUCCAAUUAUUGUAAUUUUUGGUUAAUCUUGUUUGUGUCCGGACAUUCCGCAACUUACAAUCGUCAACCUGUGAAGGGUUGCAGGCGUACUGGUGUAAGUCCUGCAAUUCUUCAAGGGUAGUUUGUCGUGUCAGAAUCCUCAACAUUUGAUGUGUUGAUUGUACAUAUGUUUGUGUUAAAUAAUUGUGUGAGUUCCAAUUAUUGUAAUUGUUGGUUAAUCUUGUUUGUGUCCGGACAUUCCACAAAUUACAAUCGUCAACCUGAGAAGGGUUGUAGGCGUACUGGUGUAAGUCCUGCAAUUCUUCAAAGGAAUUCCAUCAAGACAUGAUCCGCGAGUUUUUGUGUACAGUUUGUAUACAUGUGUGGUGUGUCAUAUCAAUUGGUGUUUUUUGGAUUCAUUGUGUUUACUUGUUGUUUUCGUAUCUUGUUGUUAUUGCGUAAUUUUGUUAAAAUUUUCGUCGUGAUUACUUCUGAAGUUGUUUCUUGUCUUCUACGUUCGUGAAUGAAUUGAUUGAUGUUAAGGACAGCAGAUGGGUCGUAUACGCCGGGGAGGCUAGGCUAUUGCUGAGAAUGAAAUGCACACGGAGAUAAUUGUUAGCUGCGGUCCGACACGCCGGGGAGAAAGAGUGUAAACGACUGAGGCUCGCAUGCGUCACCGCUAUUAGAACUGAGGCAGAAUGAGUGACAAGCGAUUUCAGUGGUAAUUAGUAGUGAGUAGAUAGGACGACGUGCGAAGAGUAUCAUGAGUUGGUGCUAUGGUCACGUUGCAUUUUGCAAGAGUCAUUCUAGUAAGUGGCGAUUGUGUUGCAAGAUGUCAAGAGGAGGUCUCUCUCUGGAGGCGCAGGUCGUCAUCGAUGUGUGAGAUUAUGCUGUGGGUAUGCUUGUGGUGUGUUGGCUUUUGUGUUUUGUUUUCUAUUUCAGCUCUGUCCGUGUGACCCAGGUUCUCGCAAUGGCAUCCAAGUCAACGUGUAUUGGUCGUGAAGGAGAAAAGGAUUGGAUCCGUAUUUUGCCGGGGAGUGUCAAUGGAGUUGAAGAUUGAACGAUCAAUUCUUGGUUGUUUGCUCAAAAUCAACUUCCCCAAUUUUCGCGGAGGCAUCAAUACGACAGUCAUCGUCUCAUCGAUCGCUGUUCAGAAAGAAGUCAGGAGACAACCAUCAGAAGUAAUCUUGUGAUUUAUUAUUGUAAUAUUUGUUCACAGACCUUAGUUCAAUAUUAUUUUUAUAUGUUGGUGUAACAAUAAAGAAUUCCCAAGCGGCC